UCUCUGUGUUUGGUAUUACAGAUGAUGACAUCAGAACAGAGUCCAGAGACUUCCCUCAUCGACAAAACCUUCCAGAUAAGGAAGGAGGUUGAAGCCCGGAAGGUCAUCUUGGCCUGGGGCCUCCUUAAUGUGUCUGUUGCAGGCAUGAUAUAUACUGAAAUGACUGGGAAACUCUUAAGCUCCUACUACAACAUCUCAUACUGGCUACUGUGGUAUAUUGAACUUGCCUUUGCAUCUGUGUUCAGCCUGAAUGCCUUGUUUGAUUUCUGGUUGUACUUCAAAUACACAGUGGCACCGACAACCGUGGUCAUGAGUCCUGGCCAGAGGAGACUGCUGGGCUUGCAGAAUGCAGCUGUACAAACAACUCCACCACGUGAGCUGGCAGCAAAGAAGGACCCAUCUUCAACACCUUCUCCUCCAAUCCAGGGUCAAAGUGUGCUGAGUUACAGCCCAUCCCGCUCCCCUAGUGCCAGUCCAAAGUUUACUACUGGUUGUAUCACAGGCUACAGUCCUCAGCUACAGGCUCUGUCAAGCACCAGCAGUUCUCACAGCAGUAUGACCUAUUCACCAAGUGGCAGCUACAGUAAGGUUUCUGGCUCUAGCCCCUUUCCUACUGGAUCCAUGUACAACACGAGUAUUGGGACAAUGGAAGGUGGUGGUCUGAGGUCUCGUUACCGCUCUUCACCUGUGUUCUAUAGUUCUCCUACUGGCAAAGAAGACUACAUGACAGACCUCAAGUCCCUGGAUACCUUCCUUCGAGGUGAAGAAGAGAAGCAGCAGAGGGUUCAGCUAGGAAGUUCAGAUUCGAGCUCUCCUUCCAGCAGCCCGACUUUCUGGAACUACAGCCGUUCCAUAGCAGACUAUGCACAGAUGCUCAGGAAGUUCCAGUAUCAGCUGGCUUGCAGGUCCCAGGCUCCAUCAGCACACAAGGACGAAGCUGAUAUGAGCUCAAAACAGGCUGCAGAAGAGGUUUGGGCACGGGUGACAAUGAACCGACAGCUCCUUGAUCACAUGGAUUCCUGGACCGCCAAGUUCAGAAACUGGAUUAAUGAGACUAUUCUAGUGCCACUUGUCCAAGAGAUUGAUGCUGUGAGCACUCAGCUGAGAAGAAUGGGGUGUCCAGAGCUGCAGAUUGGAGAAGCCAGUAUCAGCAGCCUGAAGCAGGCAGCACUUGUUAAAGCUCCUCUCAUUCCAACCCUGAACACUAUUGUGCAGUACCUGGAUCUUACACCCAACCAGGAGUACUUGGUGGAAAGGAUCAAAGAGCUUUCCCAGGGAGGAUGCAUGAGUUCAUUCCGAUGGAACAGAGGAGGGGAUUUCAGGGGCAGGAAGUGGGACACGGACCUGCCCACAGACUCCUCUAUCAUUAUGCAUGUGUUCUGCACUUACCUCGACUCCAGGCUCCCGCCUCACCCCAAGUAUCCCGAUGGCAAAACCUUCACUUCCCAGCACUUCGUUCAGACACCAGAUAAACCAGACACUUCAAAUGAGAACGUCUUCUGCAUCUACCAAAGCAGCAUCAAUCCACCUCACUAUGAGCUCAUCUAUCAGGGCCAGACCCACAACCUGCCCAAGGGCAGGAACAACAUGUUCCACACCUUGCUGAUGUUCCUUUAUAUCAUAAAGACAAAAGAAUCCGGGAUGCUGGGGCGAGUAAACCUGGGAUUAUCGGGAGUCAACGUCCUGUGGAUCUUUGGAGAGUAACCCUUCUGGUGGGACUCUGCAUCCGAGGAAUGAUGCUCCUCUGGUGAACUGAAUCACUACCUUGUUGAUUUAAUCAUAGACUUAGUAAGAUGGGCUGAUUUAAGCUCAGCUUUGUGGGCAGAGAGGGGAAGAUGUGUAAUUCCUACCUUAUUUUUUUAAGUUUUUAUAUUCUUUUAUUAUUUAACACAUUUUUGCUGUUGAAACACUCAUACUUCCCAGUGCCAGGUGGGGUUUCCCUUUCCUUCACUGAAGGAAUCCUGGUUCAAACUCCUGGUCUGCUGUUCCUGUUUCACAUACCCCGUGGUGUCAUCACCUGAGCCUGGGACUGAACCACAACUGG